AACUUGCAAAAAUGAUUAACAACUAAUUACAAGUUGCAAUGAUUUGGUUUGUCUUGUUUUCUCUGCUCAUUUGCUGCCGGGGCAACAAUGUUGAGGAAGAGAAAAAGGGAUACGAUGAUAUUCGGGAGGUGAUAUCCAACCUGUCUAGGAUACAUGAUGAUCCGAGCCUGGCAACACACAGACAACUACUAGAGGCUGGGAUUCUCUACUUGGAUAAGCUGGAGUUGCUUGAUAUGGAUGUUAAGGCCGGGGUUGUCAAAGCGGAGAGGUUAAUCCGUGAGCUUUAUAAGGAAGGAGCGUACGACCAGUUGAAAAAAGUUAACUUCAAAACUCUGACGAGCCAUUUCGACUGGAACAGUCUGGAGGUGGGCGAGUAUGAAAAUAUCGUUCAUCGGUCUAAAGAGUUCUGGAAUUACUUUUUAGAUGAAGUGGAAUACGGAUCGUUUGGUAAAGAGACGACGACUCCGCAACUACCACCAGAUUACGAGGAUAUGACGGAGGAUCCGGAUUACAUCUUCCCUAAAUAUACAAGACCCACGAAAUCAUGGUGGUUCUAAAUUGUUAUGAUAAAAUGUGGUUUUAACUGUUAAAAAUUCUUCAAACAAGUUCAGUUGUUUCUAAAUUGUGAAGAGUCAGGGUAUAUUAGAAUUAAAAUAU